GACGACGCACGCGCAAACUUCGGACACGAUCGAGAGAGGAGUCAGCGAGAGGACAGACGAAGCAUCGUCUGCUGAAAAGUCACAAGAAUGAUGGUUGAAAAUGUUAUAAAAGACCUUGGUGAGAUUCAUGCAAGAUUGUUGGAUCAUAAACCAGUCGUCCAGGGGGAAAUCAGAUUCUUCAUCAAGGAAUUUGAGAACAAACGGAAUGAUCGAGAACAGAAGCGUCUGGAACGCAUUGAGCAUCAGUUGGGGGAGUUGAACGAGAAAACGUUCCCAUCAUGCAUCAGUCUAAUGGAGAAACAUCUCACCGAAGCAAAGGAACAAUUGGAUGUUUCCAACUUAAUGUGCAAAAGACUUCAAACGCAAGAAGAAGAAAGACUAGAGAGCAAGCCCCUGGAGUCACUGCAGGUGAACAGAGAUAAAGAAUGGACAUCUUUCUUAGAGAAACUCAAUCAGGAACGAGAUGUCCUAGAUUCGCAACAUCGGCAAAGGAUUCAAGAUUUAGAGGACCACUUUGAAAAACUCAAACAGAAUCUUAACUUACAGACCUGAGCUAGACGGGCUUAAAGGCAGUGGACACUAUUGGUAAUUACUCAAAAUAAUUCUUGGCAUAAAACCUUUCUUGGUGACGAGUA